AUGAUGGAACUACUAAGCAUCGAAAUAACUGCCCUUUUGGGAAAAUGGGGCAUUAUGGCUUGUGUCGUUCCUCGACCGAUAGGAUGGAUAUCAACCAAGAAUCACGAAGGGCAGUCGAAUCUUGCCCCAUACUCUCAAUUCAAUAACCUCACCUUUGAUCCGCCAUAUGUGAUGUUCUCCUCGAAUCAAACGCCAGAUGGACAACGCAAGGACAGUGUCAGAAAUGUUGAGCAGACUGGAAAGUUUGUCUGGAAUCUAGCGACCUGGGAUUUGCGAGAGGCCGUGAAUAUCUCGGCUGAGCAGGUUCCAUAUGGAGUUGAUGAAUUUGAACAAGCCAAUGUGACCAAGGAGCCUGCUACCCUCAUGGAUGUUCCAAUGGUUGCAGAGUCACCCGUCCGUUUCGAGUGUGAAUAUUUCACUACUCUUCGAUUGCCUGGAAAUGGUCCCAUGGGUACAGUGGACGUGGUGAUAGGCAAAGUGGUAGCCGUCCAUAUCAAGGAUGAGGUCAUGACCGAUGGUAUACUGGAUAUCAAGAAGACCAAACCAAUUGCCCGAUGCGGAUACUAUCAGUAUACUGUGGUGGAAAAUACGUUCGACAUGAUUAUUCCUGGAAUGAACGAGGAUCUGCUCAAGGGACUGGAGGGCAAUGCAAAACAUAACCAGGAGAUGGCCACACGGGAUAAAUAG